CGACCCUUAAGAGGUUAUAGCAAGCGCGGGGAAGUUGAGUUGUCACAGUUUUGAGGAUCAUAAAGUUGACCGAACAAAAGGAACAGCUGGACGAUGUCAGAAAUUCUCCCGAUCGGACGGGGGAAUAGAUUCAACCCAUAUCGUAAGGAGAGUGGCAAAACGAACGAGAAAGGAAGAGGAAGGAGCCGAGAGUUUUUAGAUAGUAUAGAGAACAUGAUAGAGACAGAGAAUGACGAGGAGAGUAACGUAACAAGUAAAUUACAAUUAAGAGCAAGCAGUUCAAUUAAGGAAACAGGUUCGCAAUCAAGCGAGAAUCAACCAGACAAAGAUGCAGAUAUGGAGCUGACGGAGGAGAUUAUAGAUUCGAGCCAAGGACCAAGUACUAGGACAAGGAAUGCAGAGGAUGAUACACAAACAACCAACCGAAAGGAACAGGAAAAUAUCAACAAACAAAGGCUGAAAGAUUGAUUACUGGGAAGAACUAUGAACAAAUAACUCCGAAAUAUGAUAGGUACACCAAUCCAAACGCAUGGCCUAAGCUAAAACAAAAUAUUGUAAAGAAUGAUUUCAGAAAAGAAAAAGAAAAUCCAACGGUUAUACAUGGCCCUCCGAGAGAAGGACAAGGUUAUACACACAAACCCAAAGAACGAGAAGCAUUCAGAAGAGAAAAAGAAAAAAUUGAGGAAGGAAGACAGGCGUACUUAAAUUAUUAUAGAGAAUUCCAAAAAAAAAUUGAAGAGCCUUUACAAAAAAGAAGCGAAUUCUUAGCUCAAAUUAUGAAGGGUAAAUGUAAAGAGUCUGAAGACUUUAACAGAGACUUUGUAAAUUUAUUACAUAAACAUAGAAUACCUUUGGACCGAUUUCCAAUUCAUAAUGAAGAAGAGGAUAUUCGACAAGAAGAAAAUAACAGAGAAGUAUAUGUAAGAAAGAGGAAAAUGGAGAAAUAUCAAGAGGAAUUAACCAAAGCUAAGAUGGUAAGACAGAAUAUGAAAAGAAACUAUUGGGAAGAUAGAAAUAAAAAAGAAGAUAAGAGCUAUUAAGACUAACCAAUGUCUACCAUACUUUUAUGGAAUGCAGGAGGAUUUAAGACAUAUAAAUCUAAUAAUGCAACUAAUAGUGGUGGAGUUGCGAUUUUAGUUAAAAAUAACAUUGAUUUCGAAGUUAUUGAAGAAUGGAACAUCUCCUCCCCAAACAUAGAAGCUAUCGGUAUUAAAAUUAAAAAUACAAAUAACAACUUCAAUCUAAUAGCGGUCUAUAGAAAACCAUAUGGUUUAGAAACAAUUACUUCAUGGCAGGAUAUAUUAAAAUUUAAAGGAGUCGAUGACAAGUCAAUUAUUUUGGGCGAUUUCAACUCCCACCAUACUAUUUGGAAUUGUGAUAGACAAAAACGGAGAAAAUUUAUACUUAACAAUGUUUAACAAAGGCUACGUUAGUAUAAAUAAUGAUACUAAAUCACGUCUAAAUUACUACAAUCAGUCUGCUUCUAAUAUUGAUUUGGCAUUUGCUAAUAGAGAUUUAAUAGGAAAGCUAGAAUAUGUACAAAUAAAAGAUACAUGGGGAUCUGAUCAUUAUCCAAUAGAGAUUAGUGUUAAUAUUAUUAUUUCACAAUAUAAAAAAAGAACAAAUAGAAUUACAAACAAAAACACAGAUUGGAGGUUUUUUAAGAACAAGGUAGAGGAGGAUUUACAAAAAAUCCAGGACAGAUCGAUUGAUUGUGAUAAUUUGGAGGAGAAAUAUAAAAUAUUUAUAGAUAUUAUCAAAAAAGCAGCCAUGUUAGCAACAGGUAAAAAAAUUGACAAAUGUAUAGAUAAUAACUCUAAUGUAAAUAAUAGAAUUAAUGCGUGUAAGCUCAGACAACCUGUUAAAUGGUGGGAUAAUGAAUGCUCAGAGAUAAUAGAGAAUAGGAAAAAAAAACUAAAGAUAUGGAAACGGACAGGAAAAGUGGAAGAUUUUAUUGAAUUCAAAAAAGGUCGCGCAUUAGCUAGAAAAGUCAUUAAUAGAAAGAAAAAAGAAGAUUUUAUUAAAUUUUGUAAUAGUAUUAAUAAACAUACUAGUAUGAAGUACGUUUGGAAUUCAAUGCGUAUAUAUAAGAAUGUAAGAAAUAAGAUUAACUGGAACGUUUGGCAACAUAAAGAUAGAGAACAAGAAAUAUGGAAUACGAUUGAAGAGCUUGCUCCUCCAUGGGUUGCCGAGGAAAAAACAACAAGAUGGAUAACAAAUAUGACAGAUAGAGAGGAGUUGAAUAGGAUAUUUUCUAUGGAAGAGCUCUCCCGUGCCCUACGGAUGAUUAAAAGAAACUCAGCUCCAGGGUUAGACGGAAUACAUUAUAUAAUGCUAAAAAACCUACCGAAAACUGGCAAACAACUACUUCUAAAGUUGUUCAAUGAAAUUUGGAUGAGGGAUUGGUUUCCGUCGGAGUGGAGAAACUAUCAGAUUUUGUUUAUUGAUAAAAUAGGAAAAGAAAAAGUUAGACCUAUUGCACUUUCUUCAUGUGUAGGAAAAUUAAUGGAAAGAUUGAUAAACGAAAGACUUAUUUGGUGGCAAGAAAAAGAAAAAAAGUUAUCAUCAAUGCAAUGGAUUCCGUAGGGGGAGAUCAUGUAUGGAAAAUUUAGUAAAGUUAGUAUCGGAUGUUCGUGGAACGAAUCUGGCAGACAAUUACACCUUAGCGGCUUUCUUGGACGUCUCAGCGGCGUACGAUAAUGUAGACUUUGAUAUAUUAAUAGAGAAAUUAAGAGGGGAAAAGUGUCCAACGGGUAUUUAUAAUUUUAUUAAUAGAUGGUUAGAACCUCGUGAUACAUCUUUUGUGAUUAAUAACCAAAGAGUAGAAAUUAGAAAAGUUAACAAAGGUUUGCCACAGGGAGCAGUUCUUAGCCCUAUUCUAUAUGCGUUAUACACAAAUAAAUUGACUUCCAGAUUGGAAAAUUCAGUCCAAAUAGUACAAUUUGCGGACGAUAUCGCGGUAUAUGUACAAAGUUCUAACAGAUUUGGAAAUAAAAUAAACUUAGAGGUAGCAGUUAAUAGAAUAGCGAAGAAUUUAGAAAUUCUAAAACUAGACUUAGCACCACAUAAAACAAAUCUGGUGGAAUUUUCUAAAAAGGGAUUCUGUGAUAAAAGGCUUUCUAUUAAUGUCAAGAAAACAAGAAUUUUUAAUAAUCAGGGAGCUAGAUUUCUAGGAAUCUGGUUAGAUAAUAAGCUGGAUUUUGAUAAACAAGUUAGUGAUAUUAGAGGCAAAGUUAGUAGAGCUAAUAAUAUUAUGAAAUACCUUAGUAAUAUAACUAGAGGCGUAGAAGUGAAUACUGCUUUGAUUCUAUAUAAAAGUAUAGUAAGAUCAGUUAUGGAUUACGGUUUGUUUGUAUAUAGUCCAACUUCAAAAUCUGUUCAACUUAAAUUAGAAAGGGGCCAAUUUUUGGGAAUUCGUACAGCUUUAGGAUAUAGAAAUAGCACGCCAAAUAAUGUGUUGAUUGCAGAGUCCAAGGUGAUUUUAUUAAAAGAUAGAGCUUUGAUGUUAGCUAAAAAUUUUUGUAGCAAAAUAUUUAAAUAUGGAGAAAAUACACUUAGAAAUAGUCUUAAUAACCUUCUAAACAAAGAGAUGUUUGCAAGAUAUAGAAAUCCAAGUUUUAAUAAGAGUACUAUUGGCGAAGCAUGGGAGUAUACGCGUCGUUUUAGCAACAGACUAGGUGCCCAAGAACACACUUUUGAAAUAUGGAACAUGGAAUAUAGCUCCCUGACUAAUGCGAUAAAUAUAGAUUUUGAAAUCGGCAAGAUCAUUAAAAAAAAAGGAAAAAAAAGUGACUGUGAUAUUAGUCAAAUAAAAGGAUAUAGGACUUUAGAUAUUAAAAUGAUUAACGAAAUUAAACAGAGAUAUAAGUUAGAUAAUAAAACUUUUAUUAUGUAUACUGACGGUUCUAAAGACAUAACGGUUCAAUCAACAGGUGCUGGUAUAGCCAUUGAAGAGCAAGACGAGGGUUAUUAUAUUAGUUUACCUAAGGAAUGCACAAUAUUUACGGUAGAGGCAAUAGCAAUUUCUACAGCUCUAAAGAUUGCAGAAAGUAGAAGGAAUUCCUUCAAUAAUGUAGUUAUAUUUUUUGACUCGAAGUCCGUUCUUCAAGCUAUCUCUCAAAAUAAUAUUAAUGUAUACAAAAAUAAGUAUGUUCUUGAAAUAAGAAGGCUAUAUAGUCGAUUUAAAGAUCUUUAUUUUAAGAAUAUAUUGUUUGUAUGGAUUCCAUCUCAUUAUGGAAUCUCGGGAAAUGAAAUUGCAGAUUUCCUAGCAAAAGCAGGUACCCAAGAACCGGCAAAUGUUGAAUUUGAUAUUCCUAUUAGAGAUUUAAGAAAUAUAUAUAAAAAUGAAGCGUGGAUAAGAACACAAGAAUAUGUUAUUAGAGAUUCUAAAUUGAAAGGAAAGUACUAUUUUUCUAACUUUUAUGAUAGGAACAGUAAAAUACCGUGAUUUGAACAUUUUAACGAGGAAAGAUAUUUUGUAACCUUUGUAAAUAGAAUAAGAGCGAAUCAUUAUAAUUUAAAUGCAUCGUUAGCAAGGAAAAACUAUAUAAAUGACACAAGAUGUGAUUGUGGCUACGAAUAUGAGAAUAUCGAUCACGUGAUUUGGCGAUGUCAUCGAUACGACGAAGAGAGAAUGAGAAUGGGAGACAUCUUAAGUAGUAGGAAUAUCGACGGAGUGGAAAGCGUUACAGACAUCCUGAAGAAAAAAGAUUGGAAGAAAUUUGGUGUUAUAUUCAACUUUAUCAAGAAAUUGAACAGAAUUAUUUAAAAACUUACUGGGCUCGCAGAUGCGAGUAAGGUUAAAAAAAAAAAAAAAAAAAGGCGCCCUCUACCCCAGCCUUGCGUUAUAUAACCUCAAGAACUGCUCCGGUUAGGUUGACGACGCGUGUCCCGAGUGAGAUACAAAACAAAAAAAAAAAAAAAUUGGCUAUGAUCAAAGGGGGCAUCAUUAUUGAUUAAAAUUUUCAACAUAAAUUUAUCUGUUAAAUAUAUUUUUUGUUCGUAGAACGUUAUAUUUAUAUGUGUUUAUAUCUAUAUGUGCUCUUAUGUAUUUACAGGAUGUCUCUGAAUGGUUUGUACAAACUUUCAAGAUAUGUUCAGGGACCGAAAUAAGCAAAAUAUGUCUUAUAAACAUGGGGUCAAAAAUGCUUUUUUCUAGAGUUAUGAUGGUUUGAAGUUUUAUUGCAAUACAAGAAAUUAUCACAUUAAAUUAUAUAGGAGUUGUAAAUUGUAUUUAUAUUUAUUUCUACAGAUAUAACAGUACUAAUGUCUUGUUACUUGCUAUACCAAAUGCUCAAAUUGGCCUUUGCUUGAUUCCAAGAAAGUCUGUGCCUGAACCGUCAUAUAAGCCUCUAUAUAAGCGUUUUGACCCUAUGUUUGUAUGACAUUUUCUGCUUGUUUUGUCCCUAAAACGUAUUCGCAAAGUUUAUACAGACCAUUCAGAUACACCCUGCAUAUGUGAAACAUUAUAUUAAUUUUAUGAUUAAACUUAAAAUUAUAACAAAUUUGAU